AAAAAACUCUAAGUUUUACAACAUAUACAUUAGCUCUGAGUCUAGCAAAUUCAAGCCUGGUAUUUAUGCAAGUAUGUGCACCAGAAACCAUGUGCAAAAAUGUUCAUGGAAAUUUCAUUUAAAUCAGCUAAAGUUGGGAAACUUGCAAAUGUUAGUGAACAUGAGAACGGUUAGGUAACAGUUAAUCUGUUUCUAGAUAGCCAAAAUAACACAUAAUCUGCUCCUCUCAAAGCAUGUGGACUUCCCACUGAUGUAUGAGGGGCGAGGUCAGAGGAUGAUUGCAUCCUGAAAAGGUCUAUCCCAAGGAGAGAGCCAACUAAGGAAGACAUAAUGGUGGUUUUUACUAGACUGUUUGUCCUGAUAGUAAAGCAUACAUCUAAGAGAUGUGCACUUAACACAUGCUGAAUCACAAUAAAAUAUAAGUUUAAAGAUGCAUCAACUAUAGUAAAGAGUUUCCAGACUUGGGGUGGAGGUAGUCAGAGGAUGAUAGAAUAGAGUGGAGAGGAGUCUUUGUCCCUGGCUGGCUCGCUAAAUUCAGUGUUUGAGCACUGGGGACCUGCCAACUCAGAUCUCCAAUCCUCAGAGGCUCACAAACUUCCUGCUUGGAGACGCUUGAGGAUGGAUGUAUAAGGCACACAGAAUGAAAACAGAUUCGGCCACCCUUCAGUUCUACACAGUUGUACCACAGGAUCGGUGGAGAGAAGAGCAAAGCUGUGCGGAGAACACAAGAUGAGAGAAGGCGAAUGAGAGCGAGCUGGUACCCGAGGUGUGGGAAAAGGAUUUCCUGCCCGACUCAGAUGGGACCACCGCGGAGUUGGUGAUCCGCUGUGUGAUACCAUCCCUCUACCUAAUCAUCAUCUCGGUGGGUUUGCUGGGCAACAUCAUGCUGGUGAAGAUAUUCCUCACCAACAGCGCCAUGCGGAAUGUCCCUAACAUCUUCAUCUCUAACCUGGCGGCUGGGGACCUGCUGCUGCUGCUGACCUGCGUUCCAGUGGACGCCUCCCGUUACUUCUUUGAUGAAUGGGUGUUCGGCAAGCUGGGCUGCAAACUCAUCCCGGCCAUCCAGCUCACCUCGGUGGGGGUUUCUGUGUUCACUCUCACUGCUCUCAGCGCUGACAGGUACAGAGCUAUCGUGAACCCCAUGGACAUGCAGACGUCCGGUGUGUUGCUGUGGACCAGUUUGAAGGCAGUGGGCAUCUGGGUGGUCUCUGUGUUGUUGGCGGUCCCUGAAGCUGUGUUUUCAGAAGUAGCACGCAUUGGUAGCUUGGAUAACAGCAGUUUCACAGCAUGCAUACCCUACCCACAAACAGAUGAGUUACAUCCAAAGAUUCAUUCAGUGCUCAUUUUUCUUGUCUAUUUCCUCAUACCCCUUGUUAUCAUCAGCAUUUAUUAUUAUCAUAUUGCAAAGACUUUAAUUAAAAGUGCACACAAUCUUCCUGGAGAAUACAAUGAACAUACCAAAAAGCAGAUGGAGACACGGAAACGCCUGGCUAAGAUUGUUCUGGUCUUUGUGGGCUGCUUUGUCUUCUGCUGGUUUCCCAACCACGUCCUCUACUUGUAUAGGUCUUUCAACUACAAGGAGAUAGAUCCUUCUCUCGGGCACAUGAUCGUCACCUUAGUGGCCCGGGUUCUGAGUUUCAGCAAUUCCUGUGUCAAUCCCUUUGCUCUUUACCUGCUCAGCGAAAGCUUUAGGAAGCACUUCAACAGCCAGCUCUGUUGUGGGCGGAAGUCCUAUCCCGAGAGGUCCACCAGCUACCUCCUCAGCUCGUCAGCAGUAAGAAUGACUUCUUUGAAAAGCAAUACAAAGAAUGUGGUGACCAAUUCUGUCCUGCUCAAUGGACAUAGCACAAAGCAAGAAAUAGCACUGUGAUGGGAUACGAUCUAAUUCACUCUUGGAAAAUACCAUUUUCAAAGUUUUUCCAUUAUUACGUAGCAAAGCAGAACUAAAUAAUGUCCACAUUUAUACUGCUCCCUAGCUAAUUCAUCAGGAGAGCUCAUGAUUGACUCAAGUGCAAAGCAAAUACUUUUGUCUGAAUAGAAAGAAUUUUACAUUACACCAUACACAUCUAUACUGCACACACAUAACUCACAUAUCUUCUGCUAACAUUGGUUUACAAAUUCCCUUGAGAUUUAAGGUGUUUCAACAAGCAAAUGUGGCAUAUUUACUUUAAAUUCCUUUUAUCUUAAAUCAUAGAGAACAUUUCCAUAAUGACUCUGUAAUUUAAUGAGAGGUAAUAAUUAAACUCCUAUUAUUUGAAAUAUAAAUUACAUCAUUCUUCCUAGUAAAUUUUAUCCAUAAUUAGUAUAUAUAUGUAUAUAUGCAUAUAUAUUAGAUAUAUAUAUCUUAAUUUGAAAAAAUUUUCAAAGUGGAGCUUAGUAAUUGUUCAUUAAUAUUUAUUGUUCUUUGUGUAAUUAUAAUUUAUAGAAAGGUUUGUAAGUUCUAGAUAUUGUAUUGGAAAGUGUGAUGGUAUUUUAUUAUGAAUUAUAAAUUGAUAUAUGAAUGUGAGUCACCUUGUAUGUGUAAAAGAAAUACAAUAUGCUCCAAAUUUCAAUACUGUUACUUAUAUGUUUGCAUGACAAUUUUUGUGAACACCUAAAUUUGUUACAAAUUGACUGGUUCUGCAUAAAUAAUAAGAUUUGUAUAAUUCUGAUGAGCAUUUGCUCUUGUAUCUGCCAACUUACAAGUGUAUGGGAUCUCAGGCAUUUUUUUUCUCUGCAUGAUAUCACACUUUUCUCCAAAUAAACAUCUUUCCAUUUGUAAGCAAAAUA